AAAACAAUGGUUUUAUAUGGAGUGUAUAAUGAUUAGAAUUUAGGUAAUUAAAACUGUGGGAUAAAACAAGGUUUGGUUUAUAUGAAGUGUAUGAUAAUAAUAAUUUCUGUAGUUAGGAUGCAAUCAACUGACUGAAUGAGUUGACAUAUUGCCACUUUAAAAGUGGGGCAAACAUAAAUCUAAAUCUUUUUAAAUGACUUAUUACAUAUGGUGUGUUGUGCGGGCCUAACAACUUCAUAAAACUUUAUGAAAAGUUUGAAUUGGAUUUUCAAUCAUGAAAGAUUUCAACCAUAGGAAAAUAUACCAUUUAUAUCGGAGUUAAUACCCCAUUUAAGUGUUUAUUGCUUAAAAUACUAAAUGCAGUUACUUUAAUAUUAGAUAUUAAAGUUUUCAUGUGACUAUGAUGUCACAAAGUGCAGUGAUGAUGUCACAGAAUGCAUUGUUUAAUAACAAAGCACAUUGUGUUGCUUCGUGGAAUAGUGGCCUCGGACGAGAUAAUUUAUAACGAGCUGUUAAGAGGAAACUGAAGCAGCUUCGCAACAGGAAAUCAGUGGCACAGUGCGUUCUAACAACGAUGUGGGUGUUUGGUGGUUACAAUGGUUUGUUUGCUUGUGUGAGUUGUGAGGUUACUUGGUGGUAAUACAUAAAUAGAAAGAUAUCUUACAGAAAUUUGAAUUAUAAUAUGAAUUUAAAUCGUGAAUAAUUUGUCUGCCAGCAGCACCAUAUGUUUAUACAGUAUAUAGGUUGUUUUGUAUAUGAUGUAUUAGCUAGAUUGUUGAUUAUACAGUUUGUUGGUUGUCUAGUUAUAUUAGCACCAGGUGGAUGGCUAUUAAUAUUAUAAUGAUAAUAAUUAGCAUGUUUUACGUGUGAUGUUUGUUUUAAAAGUUAUUUAUCUGUUUGUUUGUUUAUACAGCUCUAAAUUACCACCAUGACUAGCAUAGUAAACCUGGAACUCAGAUAUUAAAAUAACAUUAAAAGAUUAACCAGUAUGUCGGUCACUGACCCUCUAUUGAAAAGUUUGAAAUAUUUGAUCGAGGAAUUUUAUUCGGUUGAUGAAAAAGUAACCGAUGAAAGUCCGUAUUUGGAACAGUUUUGUAUAACUGUGGAGAAGUGUUUUACCAAGGGAAUGAAACCAGGACAAUGGUUGAUUCCGAAAGACAAUGGGGAUUCAUACAGAAGAAAAAGGUUGUGGCAGAUUCUAGAAUCCUUCGAAACCAACGGACCCGUCCCAUAUUCGAUAUCAACUGCUGUUAAUGCUGCGUUGAGCAAUAAAAGGGUACGGGGCAAGGAGGGCCGACUACGAUAUCUCAUCCGACAUUGCCUCGCACACAGCAGCUUACAUGUGUUGGUGGAAUUCCUUAUGACAAGAAGGAAGGAACUGAGAGAUAUUUACAUGGUGGGGGACAAGGAAAAUAUAUUGACCAUGCUCAAUGUGUUUGGGGGAGGUAGCUCCAUCAUGAUACAUGAACAACUAAGUGAGCAGCUCAGGUCCCUCCUACUAACAUGUUCCACCUCUCUUUCCUUCCAUCUUGACCUCACUAAUAGUUUCUUCCUGGAUGAAACUUGGAAACUUCCACAAACUAAAUCAGCCGAGUUUGUUCCAACCAAUGAACUCGGGAUAGAGAUGAUAUAUGUACAAGGUCAUGGAAUCAUCAGUCGAAUUAAAGCUGGCAGUGUAGCAGCGGAAACCCCAAGCCUUGGUGUCGGGGAUCUCCUGGUUGAGAUGAACGGACACCUCUUGUUCCCUGCUGCUGCUGGUGGUGAGAAAGACGCCAAGUGCGUGUGGAGGGAAUGUAAAAGUCGCAGCAAGCCUUGUAUGUUGACGGUGGUCAAACCGCGAUCACCCGUCACUGGAGGCAUAUAUCCCCCACUGAAAGCGAUCCUCACAGAGUACCAUGAAUGGAUGGACAUCUAUUAUAAAACGCGGCAACAAAAACUUGAGGAUAAAAACUUGAGGGAUGAAAUUAAAGCCGACGUGAUGUCGCCACUGAAUGAGAACGAGAAGAUACCGGUCCUUGAUCCGACAGCUGCAGAAAAUGGGUCCGGGGGAUCGUAUAAAGUCACGUAUAUUGGUGAAGUAUUGACAGGGGAGGAUGGGGGGGUGGAUCAGAUUGAAAGCGUGAUUCGGCAGGCUUUAAAUAAAAGAUCGGACAGAACUUCCUUUAAUGUGACGAUCACACUUACACAGAUAGGGGUGGAGACGGGCAUAGGAAACCACAGCCAAGUCGAACCACUGUUUAAUCAUAAAUACGCUGAUAUAUCAAGCUGUGGGAAGAUUGUAACAGACGAUUUCCACUUCUGCUACAUAGCUGGCGACACCUUCUGUACAUUGAGCAAGCAGUUUGUGGGAUAUGUGUUUAGAGCUGAAACAUUGGCUCAAUCAAGAGCUGUAUUGAAUGGUAUCUACCAAGGGUUUAAACGCACUACAUGGUUCAUGUAACGCGAUAAUAUUCACUUAACAGUUUAAUUGUGCAAUAACAUGUAUGGUGAAAUUAUAGGUGCGACUUUAAGGGGAGGGAGGGAUAGUUAGACACACAAUCCUAUGAAAUAAACUUGUUGGUUGUAAUGUGUUUACUGAUUAAUGCAGCGUGGAUUGUUCCAAGGUUGGCAUCUCUACCCUGCCACCCCAGGUUUGGUGCCUUUGAUUGCAAUGUCUUGUUUCGUAGCAAGUGUAUACGUAACUCAAUGCUGUCACUACUUUACUGUGUGAAUACUUUGUACUUUUUGCUUGAACUAAUAUUACAAAGUUAACAAGGAGUUUAUUAUUGUUGCCUGGUGUUAAUUAUUUCUAACUUUUAUCAUGAACUUUGUAAUGCUGUUGUUUUUGUUUACACACAUAAGGUACUGCAAUAAAACAAACUUAACUAUUCUACAAAGAAGUAAUAAAAGUUACAGCUUAUUUUAAUGUCCUUGCACAUUAAAUAAAGGUAACCGUGUUCCAG